AUAACAUAUUUUGCCAUGGCAAGCAGGGAGAAAAAGCAGGUUUUCCAGCUGUCCAAGGAAGCUGUUGUGCUGAAGCCAGAAAAUGAACCAGAAGCGGAAAUUGACAUUCCCGCAGGAACGUUUGACUCGUGCGAACUCUUGGUGAAAUUUGUAGAUACAACGGAGAUAUCUGAAGAAGAAGCAUUGGAUGAUGAUGAUAAAAGGAAGUCUGGAGAUAUCCUGAUGACUAGCAUCCUUGAUGUCUCCACCAGUGACGGCCAACAACCUAACAAUGAUAUCGAGAUGAAGAUUCCCGUUACUGCCAAAGAACAAUCAGAAGGAGUUGUAGUGCUAACUACAUCAAAUCCUGACCCUAAUCUCGAGGAAUGGACUUGGGAUGAUCUUCCAGCAGAAAUAGACAAAGAUGGAAAGGCUGUGUUUAAAAUCGACCACUUUUCUAUAUAUUCUGGAGCAUCAAAACCCUUAUUUGAGUCCGAUCCGAAGGCUGUUCAAGAUGAAAUAAGAAAUUCCUUUCUGAAGAUGCGAAAAAUUGAGUUCAUAGUUGGAAUGAAAACACCAGAACUGGAUGAAACUAAAACAGAUUUGGUCAUAGCAUGUGGAACAAAACGUAGCAUCAAAAUGUUUAAGACAACAUUUGAUAAAAGAUACACAUGGUUUAAACUAGACUCAAAUACUACUCUGCCAAUGGUUCCAGAGGGGCAGAUAUUUCAGAUUGUACUACAUGGCAACUUAAAAGAAGGGUCUGACGACAACAACAUGAAGUUAGUAUUCAAGGGUAGUGGUCAAGAAAGUUCACGAGCCCUGGAAAUUAUCAGUACCUCCACCGAUCCCCAUGAAAUGACAGGAGAGAUAGAGAUAUUCCAGGAAACAAAGUGUCCGCGACCGGAUACAAAAGUUGUUGUUAGCAUCGGAUGUAGCUGUUGGCAACGCAUGGAAGAAAGGAUAAUUAAAUCAACUGAAUUUGACAUAAAAACAAAACCUAUGUGUAAAAUACCGUUCAACGUAACACUGAGAAAACGAGUUCCUGAGGUUGAAUCUGGAGAGCUUACUUCAGAAGAAGUCGCCCGUCCACCACCAGAUGUAACGUGGGAGAAACUGAAUGAAGCAGUGAGAGACCUCUCCCACAGUGAGGCAAAACAACUCGGCUACCAGCUAGGACUCAAACCAAGUCAUAUGAAAAAAAUUGAGGACGACACAACCAGAGAAGUGGAAUUUUCUUUGAAUGUAAUAAAGAGAUGGCGCCUAUUUAUGGCCAAGAACGAUAUGGUAAGCCAGUUACAAGGUGCGCUGGAGGCCAUCGGACGCAGCGACAUGAUUCAGGUGAUCAAAAAGAAACAAAGUAUCUCAAAUUGA